UGAUUAUUGGGUGUAGCACACCGGGGAGAGAACCAACUUCAGGUGUUGUUUAGCCUCUCGGCACUGGCAACAACUGCCGGCAACAACUGCUUAUGCUCAAAUAAAUUGGUUAGUCUCUGAGGUGCCACUAGUACUCCUUUUCUUUUUGCUCUAGAACAGCGAUCAGGAGAGUCCCUGAGAAAGCCGGCAGCAUGAGAGAGCGUGGCUGAAAGCCGAUGCGUGCAGCGAUGUUGUGGCCCUGUUGGCCCCAGGAUAUGAACGAGACAAGGUGGGACAGAGAUGACAUGCUGUAUUGCACCAACUUUUGCUGGAAGGGACACGCUUUCCAGCUUCACAGAGCUCUUCCUCACGUUUGGAGAAGAUGUCUCAUUUCUCUUGUGAAGAUGAAGCUCUGUUACAGUCUAUGCUCAGACAAUUACUGCAGAGUGUGAAGGAAAAAAUCAUAGGAGCACCAUCAGUGGAAUGUGCAGAAGAGAUUCUUUUACAUUUGGAAGAAACGGAUGAAAAUUUUCACAACUAUGAGUUUGUGAAAUACCUUAGACAAUACAUAUGUAGCACCCUGGGCUCUGUGAUUGAAGAAGAAACAGAAAAAUGUACCUCUGCUCAAAAUCAGGGUGAAGGAUCUGGUUAUGACACUCUUGUCCAACAUGUUACUAAGAAGACUCGUGAAUCAAAAGAGUACAGAGAAAUGAUGCAUUCCUUGAAGAAUGUCAUGAUGGUGGUGGUGGAAUCUCUGAUUAACAAAUUUGAAGAAGAUCAGAUGCGUAAUAAGGAGAUGCAUAGGAAAACCAAGAAAGAGCAACAUAGUGCUUACUAUACAGACAACUGCUCUGAUAGUGACUCAUCAUUCAAUCGGAGUUAUACAUUCAUGAAUCAAGAACAAUUACAGCUACUUGUGGAAAGGCUUGACCCUGCUCAGCCUAAGGAGGUGCGCCAUGAAGCAAUGCAGACAUUAUGUUCUGUGCCUCCCUCUGAUGUACUUAACUGUGAGAGUUGGUCUAAUUUGCGUAAACAUCUGACAAUUUCUCUCUCGGAUCCUGAUUCCAGUGACAAAAUUUUGAGAUUCUAUGCAAAGACCUUUUCAUCUUCUCCACUAACUAGGACAAGGGAAGUCUAUACAAGUCUAGCGAAACACUUAGAAUUGUACUUUCUUUCUGGAGAAAACUGUGUUCCUACUAUUUCAGAUGGUAUAGACAUAACUAACGCAGAAAUAAUUCGUUUACUUAAAAAGGUGCGUCUUCUAAAUGAGUACCAAAGAGAGGUUCCCUCUUUCUGGAUUCGUCAUCCAGAAAAGUAUAUGGAAGAAAUAGUUGAGAGUACCUUAUUGCUGUUGUCAGUAAAACGUGAGCAAAGACACCUUGUCUCUCCAAAACUUUUGGAUCCAGUCUACUUCUUGGCUCUGCUUGAUAUCAAAGCUGUAUGGUUUAAAAAAUGGAUGCAUGCAAAUUAUAGCAGAACAGUGGUGCUAAGGCUCCUUGAAAAGAAAUAUAAAUCUCUGAUUACUGCAUCUGUUCAACAGUGUGUUUACUACUUUGAAUCAUGUGAAUCAGCAGUUGAUGCAACUUCUAAAGUUAAUGUUUUGCCCCAGCAGUACAGCAGCAAUAAUCAGAAGACUUUCUACUCAGGACAAGAAUUACAGUAUAUCUAUUUUGUUCAUUCACUGUGCCUUUUAGGAAGAUUGUUGAUAUAUAAACAAGGCAGAAACCUAUUUCCUGUACAGCUGGAAAAUAGAAAAGAUUUCAUAUCCCUAACCGACCUGUUGGUACUAUUUAUUCAAUUUAUUUAUUGCUCUCCCACUUGCCCAAAGACAACUCUGACAGUGCACACAGGCAAUUAUUCUCCAGCAAUCCUUGUUACAGAGGUGCUACAAAUUCUGUGUGACCGAGCUGAAUGUGCUACUGAAUGUUUAUAUACCAAUACGGUGAUAGAUGCACUUCUUCAUCCCAUUCAUAAUUUACUGAAUGAAACAGAGAUGUAUAUAAAUUGCCCUGAAACCUCUUUAAUACAUAUAGCUGAUAUUUUGGCAAGGAUUGCUGCUGUAGAAGAUGGCCUUUCUCUUCUCCUUUAUGGAGGAAACAUGAACUCUGCCAAAAAGGAUAGCUUUACAGCAGCUCAUACAAUUGUUCAGUUUACAAAGAAACUCCUUGAUGAAAAUAUUUCUGUUUUGUCUGGAUCCGAGAUGUUGCCAGCCCUUAAAGGAGCUUUCAUUUUUGUGUGUCGUCAGAUGUAUAGUACCUGUGAAGGUCUGCAGGUGCUGAUUCCUUAUGGUUUGCAUGAAUCCAUUGCUGACGCUUGGAAGAAGGCUAGUUCACUUUCAGAAAGGAUUCCUACUCCUGUACCUGGGGCAGACUCCAUUUCAUCAGGAAAUCAAGAGUCACAAAACAUUAUGGUAUGGGAAGAGACUUUAUUAGAUGAUUUAUUAAACUUUGCUGCCACUCCAAAAGGUGGUCUUCUUCUUCAGAAUACAGGAGCCCUCAAUGAAUGUGUAACCUUUAUGUUCAGCAGAUUCUCAAAAAAACUCCAGGUGAGUGGAUGUGAAAGGUUUGGUUAUGGAGUGAUAGUUACACAAAUGGCAUCGACAUCUCCAGGUGCAGUAGCUCUGCAGCGUUCAGGGUUUAUAAAAUCACUUAUAAGUGAAUUAUGGGCUGUUUUGGAGUGUGGAAGAGAUGAUCAUAGAGUAACUCACCCCAGUUCUACUCCAGUAGAUCCUAUUGACCGAAACUGUCAGAAGUUUUUUCUAGCGCUGGUAAAUUUGCUAUCCUAUCCUGCUAUUUAUGAACUGAUAGGUGAUCAGGAGAUACCAAAUAAACCAGAAUAUUCUCUCCGUGAAGUUCCUACAAAUGUUAUUGAUAUAAUUGACAGACUUAUAAUUUUGAAUUCAGAAGCUAAAAUUCACUCCUUAUUCAAUUAUGAACAAUCACACAUCUUUGGUCUGAGGUUGUUAAGUGUGCUGUGCUGUGAUCUAGAUACACUUCUACUUUUAGAGUCUCAAUAUAAAGUAUCACAAGUGCUUCUAAAUGCCCAGAAGGAGAACAUCAUAGAAACUUCUGAAGGACCUGGAAAUUUUAUAAUUGAUGGUCUAUCGGUAGAGAGAAACCAUGUUCUUGUUAGGAUAAAUCUUACAGGAGGACCAGUGGAACGGAUUUUGCCUCAAAGAGUACUAAAUAAGGGCACUGAUCCAUAUCCCUGGCCAAUGUUUUCAUCCUACCCCUUGCCAAGGUGCUAUCUUUCGGAAGCUCCUAGGAAAGCUGAUUUUAGACAAGAUAAUGAUCUCAACAAGCUGUUGGCAUCCUUAAAAAAUCCAGAUAAACAGCUAGUAUGGAUUGAAAACUGUAGAAGACAGUUUUGCAAAAUCAUGAAAGCCAAACCUGAUGUCAUCAAUGGAACCAUUUUGGCAGAAUUAAUUGAGAAGUUUGUGUUGCAUCUUUCUGAAAACCCAUCAGAAUGUUACUUCAGCACUGGAGAGUAUGAAGCUGAUGAUGCAAAUGUGAAGAAUGAAAGCCUUUCAUCUGUGCAGCAGCUUGGCAUUAAAAUGACAGUCAGGUAUGGUAAAUAUUUAAAUUUGCUGAAAGAUGGUGCUGAAAAUGAUCUGUGCCUGGUGUUAAUGCACUGUGAUAAAUUUCUGAAACAACAGCAAACAUCUGUAAAGUCCUCACUUCGUUGUCUGCAGCAAGGUUAUGCUGGCUAUGACUGGUUUGCGUCUUCUGUAUUUCUGAUAAUGUCAGGAGAGAGAGAGAAAACAUUAAUAUUUCUUCAACAAUUUUCCAGUCUUCUCAUCUCAGCAUUUCUCUGGCUGCAAAGACUGCAUGUUUCCGUUUUGCCUAGAGGGAUUCUCUAUGUUUUGAAUCUGAUUACCCUGCAAGGUAUUUACCAUCCUGAUUUUACAGAGGUACACCUAUCUAUUGACACAGCAGAAUCUGGCAUCCACCCCAUCUAUUUUUGCAGUGCUCACUACAUUGAGAUGUUGCUGAAGGCUGAGUUGCCACUUGUCUUUUCAGCUUUCCACAUGUCUGGUUUCACUCCAUCACAGAUUUGUCAGCAGUGGCUAGCUCAGUGUUUCUGGAAUUACUUGGACUGGAGCGAGAUCUGUCACUACAUUGCUACAUGUAUUUUCCUUGGUCCUGAUUAUCAGAUCUAUAUGUGUAUAUCUGUGUUCAAACAUCUUCAGCACGAUAUUCUGCAGCACACACAGACCCAAGAUCUACAGGUUUUUCUCAAAGGUUCAGGGACUCCAGUUUCUUCACAUUUGCAAGAAUCUUUCUACCAAAUCUUCCCCAGUCAUGUGGGGAACAAAUUUGUCAGGAAGAAGCACUCCAUAGAUUUCGAGUGAGUGAUUAUUUAGAAUACAUGGAAAGCUUGGAGGCAACCUACAGGCCAUUGCUGUUGAGAGACAUGAGGAACAUUUGAAUGCAGAGCACAUAGAUCAAGCAAACAAGCAUUUCAUCUUCAAGCUUUAGAUGAGUUCUGAAAGUGAAUGCUGAUUGUUUUAUAUCAGUCUCCAUAAAAAUUCAUGCUGUGGAAAUAUACAUAUGUUAAAAUCAAUAAUAAAGGUUUUCAGAAUAUAAGUUUUUCAAGGGGACAUCAUCUGAACUGGAUCAACUGAAAAAUAAAUAAUUUUUCCAGCCAUACUGAAUGUAUUGCCUUAUUUUUAUUUGGUAGAUUGCUUGAAAAUCUGCCCUUAGCUAACUUAGGGGUCUUGUUUGUAUUCUCUGGAAGCUGUUCCCAAACUAAUACAUUUUGGUCAUCUCCUACCCACAUCAUCUUACCUAAAACUUUAAAAUUCUGCACAGGUCUGGCAAUAAGAAGCAGUACUGAGAAUAAUCACUUGGGUAUCCUGUAUUUAUGUGAAUGGGGAUGAGCAAAAGCAAAGCAGCUUUCCUGUAUGCAGCUGAUCUGACCUUGUGAUUUGGCUGAGGAGGAAUAGUUACAUCCAAGUGGAACAAGGGAUUGAUACUGCCCUCAGCCAUAAUGAUUUUAAAAAUAUGUUUAUACCAUAAAUGUAUAUUUGUAAUCUUGUAUGCUAAUUUUAUAUUCUCAGAAUGGAUAAAUGGGAAGGCAGAUUACUAAAAUAUGCAUUAUUUAGUGCAGUCAUUUUAUUGAUUGGCUUGAUUGUACAUAUUGCCAUUAUAUAAAAAACCUUGCACCAGUAAAAGCAAGAUAAUUCUGAGGUAAAUAAAUGAUUUCAACAUUCUUAAA